GGAGUCUUACCCUAAUGUAAGAUGGUGGCCCGUCUGGCUGUGGAACCCACCGAAAGCUGAGAGUCUCUCUCUCAGCCGUAAAGGUCGGACUCGCUGAAGCAAUCAGGCCCGUUUCUGAAGAGUUUUUUCCCCGACACUCGUUCAGUGGUCUCUUGUGAGGACGCGGCAACGCGUGGAGUCGGAUAAGGGAAAAGCGAGGCAAGGCAGGCGGGUCUUCGAAGUUCUACAGUUUAGUUCCUAGCGCUGAACCUCCUUCUCCCUUAAAUUAUUAUAAACUUUUGCUGCUGUUUAAUAAACGUGAAGAUGUCUCGCAGUCCUGAUGUGAAGGAAGACCCUGUGGAAUGUCCUCUUUGCAUGGAGCCCUUGGAGAUAGAUGAUAUCAACUUUUUCCCUUGCACCUGUGGCUACCAGAUUUGCCGAUUUUGUUGGCAUCGAAUUCGCACUGAUGAAAAUGGGCUUUGUCCUGCAUGCAGAAAGCCAUAUCCAGAAGACCCAGCAGUUUAUAAACCACUCUCCCAGGAAGAACUGCAAAGGAUAAAGAAUGAGAAAAAACAGAAACAAAAUGAGAGAAAACAGAAAAUAUCAGAAAAUCGCAAACAUUUGGCUAGUGUACGUGUUGUACAAAAAAACCUUGUCUUUGUUGUAGGUCUGUCUCAGCGCCUAGCAGACCCAGAGGUUUUAAAACGACCAGAAUAUUUUGGGAAGUUUGGUAAAAUACAUAAAGUUGUCAUCAAUAAUAGCACAUCAUAUGCAGGCUCACAGGGUCCAAGCGCCAGUGCUUACGUAACCUAUAUCCGGUCGGAAGAUGCUCUCAGAGCCAUACAGUGUGUCAACAAUGUGGUGGUAGAUGGCAGAACACUUAAGGCAUCUCUAGGUACAACAAAAUACUGCAGUUACUUCUUAAAGAAUAUGCAGUGUCCGAAGCCUGACUGCAUGUACCUACAUGAAUUGGGGGACGAGGCGGCCAGCUUCACAAAAGAGGAAAUGCAGGCGGGUAAACACCAAGAAUAUGAACAGAAGCUACUUCAAGAAUUAUAUAAAUUAAACCCCAAUUUUCUUCAACUGUCUACGGGUUCAGUUGAUAAGAAUAAGAACAAAGUGACACCACUGCAGAGGUAUGAUACCCCCAUUGACAAACCUUCCGAUUCUCUCAGCAUAGGGAAUGGUGAUAAUUCCCAGCAGAUAUCUAACAGUGAUACACCUUCACCACCACCUGGUUUAUCAAAAUCCAAUCCAGUCAUCCCUAUCAGUUCAUCCAAUCACAGUGCACGGUCUCCUUUUGAAGGGGCAGUAACUGAGUCACAGUCGUUAUUCUCAGACAAUUUCCGCCAUCCCAACCCUAUCCCAAGUGGGCUUCCUCCUUUCCCCAGUUCCCCACAGACAUCCAGUGACUGGCCUACAGCACCAGAACCACAGAGCCUCUUCACAUCAGAAACAAUCCCAGUAUCGUCUUCUACAGACUGGCAAGCAGCAUUUGGCUUUGGUUCUUCUAAACAACCAGAGGAUGACUUGGGUUUUGAUCCCUUUGAUGUCACUCGAAAAGCCUUAGCAGACCUGAUUGAAAAGGAACUGUCAGUCCAAGACCAACCUUCCCUUUCGCCCACAUCUCUUCAGAACUCCUCUUCACACACUACAACUGCCAAAGGUCCGGGCUCUGGAUUCCUGCAUCCUGCUGCACCUACAAAUGCCAACUCGAGUCUCAAUAGUACCUUUUCAGUCUUGCCACAGAGGUUCCCUCAAUUUCAGCAGCACCGAGCGGUUUAUAAUUCAUUCAGUUUUCCAAGCCAGGCAGCCCGCUAUCCUUGGAUGGCCUUUCCACGCAAUAGCAUCAUGCACUUGAACCACACAGCAAAUCCCACCUCAAAUAGUAAUUUCUUGGACUUGAAUCUCCCGCCACAGCACAACACAGGUCUGGGAGGGAUCCCUAUAGCAGACAACAGCAGUUCUGUAGAGAGUUUAAAUAUGAAGGAAUGGCAGGACGGGCUAAGGGCACUUCUACCCAACAUUAACAUCAGCUUUGGUGGACUGCCCAAUUCUUCUUCCCCCUCCAACGCCAGCCACAGUGCACCAACGUCCAACACUGCCACCACCGACAGCCCGAGUUGGGACAGCCCUGGCAGCUGGACAGACCCAGCCAUCAUCACAGGUAUUCCAGCAUCUUCAGGAAACAGUUUAGACUCUCUUCAAGAUGACAAUCCUCCACACUGGCUCAAAUCCCUUCAGGCCCUCACAGAGAUGGACGGCCCCACUGCUGCUCCAUCACAAGCCCACCACAGCGCCCCCUUCAGCACACAGAUCCCUUUGCACAGAGCCAGUUGGAAUCCCUACCCUCCUCCUUCAAAUCCUUCCAGCUUUCACUCGCCACCCCCAGGCUUUCAGACAGCCUUCAGACCCCCCAGCAAAACCCCCACAGAUUUGUUACAGAGUUCAACACUGGACCGCCAUUAGGGAAAGAGGAGAAUUCAUUAGAAAAUGCAGGAUUUGUCCCACCCUGUUUUCGCCCUCUCAGCCGACCCACAGCUCCCUUCUCAUCUCUUAUGUUCUGAAGA